AUGCUUUGCUAUGUGCAUGCUUCUGCAUGCAUGCAUGCAAGUCUUAAAGCAGAAGACAUUCUAAACUCCUGGCCUGAUGUUGAAGUAGGGCGAAUUCUGCGGGAGUAUGGGGAGGAAAGCAAUUGGUAUUCCCUUCAGAAUAAGAUUGUGAGGGCCCGUCAAAAGGGUGGGUUGCAUUCCACUGGUGAGCUAGUAGAUCUCAUUAGGAGUGCCACUUCCUGGACAAAAGGAGGGAGGCAAGGCUGGAUAAAAACAGCAACACGAGUAUUUCAAGCUUUGAGGAUAGCUGUUAAUGAUGAAUUGAACGUACUAAAAGACUCCCUAUAUGCUUGUUUCAAAUUCCUUGCACCAGGGGGUAGGCUUGCUGUGAUAUCUUUUCAUAGUUUAGAGGACCGGAUUGUGAAACAGACCUUUUUGGACCUCAUUAGCCAAGGCAUUAGUGAAGUUGGAAAUCAAGACGAGGAAAAGAAAAUCACAGCAUCUUUGAUAAAAACUAACAAUGAUGAUGGUGAUAAAGAAACAUGGAUUAAGAGGACGAUACAUGGAUUAAAUGGAACAAUCCUCACAAAGAGACCCAUAACACCAUCUCUAGAGGAAGAGAGAUUGAAUCGCCGGAGUAGGAGUGCAAAGCUAAGGGUAAUUCAGAAAGCCUAG